GCCAAUCGUGUGUGUUCCGCGGCCUUUACCCGCCCCCGCCCCGCCUCGCGGCGCGUCGGCGAUCCGAGCGCUGUAAGAUGGCGGCGGUGGAGCCGGAAACCACUCCCAACCCCCCUCAACCUGCAGAAGAGGAGAAAACCGAGCCAGCACCUAGUCAGGAGGUUGCCAGCCCUGAACAGUAUAUUAAACACCCACUACAAAACAGAUGGGCACUCUGGUUUUUUAAAAAUGACAAGAGCAAAACUUGGCAAGCAAAUCUUCGUCUUAUCUCAAAGUUUGAUACUGUUGAAGACUUUUGGGCUUUAUACAACCAUAUCCAGCUCUCUAGUAAUUUAAUGCCUGGCUGUGACUACUCGCUCUUUAAGGAUGGGAUUGAACCCAUGUGGGAAGAUGAAAAAAACAAGCGAGGAGGACGAUGGCUAAUUACACUAAACAAACAGCAGAGACGAAGUGACCUUGAUCGCUUCUGGCUAGAGACACUGCUGUGCCUUAUUGGGGAGUCGUUUGAUGACUACAGUGAUGAUGUAUGUGGUGCUGUUGUUAAUGUUAGAACUAAGGGUGAUAAAAUAGCAAUAUGGACAACUGAAUGUGAAAACAGGGAUGCAGUUACACAUAUAGGGAGGGUAUACAAGGAAAGAUUAGGACUUCCUCCAAAGAUAGUGAUUGGUUAUCAGUCCCAUGCAGACACAGCUACUAAGAGCGGCUCCACCACUAAAAAUAGGUUUGUUGUUUAAGACGACACCUUCUGAGUAUUCUUUCAUAGGAGACUGCGUCAAGCAAUCGAGAUUGGGAGCUGAACCAAAGCCUCUUCAAAAGCAGAGUGGACUACAUUUAAAUUUGAUUUCCAUCUAAAUGUUGCUAAGAUUUGUGAGAAGUCUCAUUUACCUUUGUCUUGUACUUCUGUGUUCAAUUCUUCUAUUUUGGCUGAAGUAACCAUUACCAAUCAGAAUUUUAGUACACUUCACCCCCCAAAUCCAUAAAUGUGUUUCUGACCCACUCUGUAUUAGCUUGGUAGAAACAUUACUAUUACAAAAAAAUUAUUUGUUUAUCCACAGUAUUCAGAAAAGAAGUUGCAUUUCUGUACCUGCAGGAAAUUACUCUGUUCUACAUUUGCAUUGUAUGCAGUAACAUUUUGCUGGUUUGGAAAAGAGUAUGGUGCAUACAGUUUUCUAGCAAUUUUUUUAUACAGCAUCAUCUUUGCUGUAACCUAUGCUGAUGGCUGCUAGAUUAAUUUAUUUGUUUUCCCUAUUUGAUAACAUUAGUGAUAUUUUGAUUUCAGUUGUUUUUGCUCAUGUAACACUUGGUGAAGAAUCUGGGAAUAUGACAAAGGUGGAAUAAACAUUAAUUUUGUGCAUUCUUUGGUAAUUUUUUGGUUUUUUUGUAACAUCAAAGCUUUGCUACGAACUUAUGCAUUUCAGUCAAAUCAGUGAUCUGUUUGUGUGAUUUCCUAAACAUAAAUGUGGAUUUUUUUUUAUGUAACACCGUAAUUUACAUUCCUUACUAGAAAUAGUAUGUCUGUUUUUGUAUCUUAUGCUGUAUUUUAACACUUUGUAUUACUUAGGUUAUUUUGCUUUGGUUAAAAUGGCUCAAGUAGAAAAGCGGUCCCAUUCAUAUUAAGACAGUGUACAAAACUGUAAAUAAAAUGUGUACAGUGAAUUGUCUUUUAGACAACUAGAUUUGUCCUUUUAUUUCUCCAUCUAUACAGCAAGUAUUUGUACCUCUUGUGACAAGGCAGUCUCUACUGUGGCUUCUUUUGUAGUAGUGUCUUCCAAGAAAGGUAAAGUCUGGAGCUAUAGUCUGUUGAAACUUUUAAUAAAUCUAUUAGAUAGCACUCUAUAUCAAAGUGAAAUUAUAUUGAUGUGGCUACUGUUUUUUCUUAGUGGUUGGUCUAAUUGAUAACGGUUUGCGUUGUUUCUCUUUUGGCUUUGUUUUGUGCCAACCAGGAAUUUCAAGGGUACAUAGAAAGCUGUUUAGUUUCAGAUAGGAGCUACACUGAAAGUGCUUUAGUGAGUGAUUCUGCUCUGAGGAUGUAAUUAGUAUACACAGUACAAGUAAAGUGCACUAAAGACAUGGCUACAAAACGAAAGUAUGCGAGGACCUAGAUAGUGUUGCUAACCGAAGUUUCAUUUCACCAUUUGAAAGUUGCUGUGGGAGCUGUAAGUUUGCUUGACUUGCAGGAUGGGGGGAAAUUGAGGGUCAUUGAGUUAACUUGUUUUGAGGAAAAGAUGAGAUACUUUUUCUUUCCACUCAUUUAAAGCAGAGUAUGCAGAAAAGUCAGUGCUUUAUUGCUUUUCAUAUUUUCUUACUUGGUGAGUAAAGGUCUUGCCAGGGCUAUGUAGCCUUUCUUCAGUGAAAUGUUAAGGCAGGUGCUUAUUGGGGUUUUGAUCUUUGAUAACUCCUUAAAGGAAGUUUAGUCACUGUGGCAGUAAAGCUUCAGUUGAAUCUGCCCGAUUAAGGCACUGAAGUAUCUGUUGUGUGCUAAAAUAGACUUAACACUUUUUUGCGUGUUUUAUCAGAAACGUUUGUCAUAAAGAGCAUAUCAGACUAUACCAAAAAGGUCUAGAUCAUUAAUUACAGUAAUGUCUGGAUCAUUAUUAUGGCUGUUUAAUAGGAACACUUAGAGUAGGUAUCUAUAUCUAAUGGUACUAUGCCUUCAGUAUUGGUCAUUAACCAGGAUAGGUGUUGGAUGUGGAGAGAGCUAUUAAGGCAGGUUUUUGUGGAUUCUGGUGAAACUGGUUGCUUGUCCCGAUUCUGCAGGUGUGCAAAGCAAGUCAGGUUAGUUUAAUAAGACCACAGAUAAUAGAACAGAGCGAUUCCUGCCUGUUUUCCAGCUUACAGCUUCAGCUACUCAUCAGUAAUGCUUGCAUGCAUGGGAAUGUGAAGAUGAAUUGGCUUCCGGAGUGGUGACAUUAGGUUGUCUUUGUGUGUGUAAUUUGGGAGCACUGUGACCAGGCUCACAGAAAGAAGUGUCAUUCAGAAACGUUAAUAGUGCUGCCAUUUUGUAAAGAGUGCUGAGAUUAACUGGAAUGCUGUUAUGAGAAGUACAUAGUAUUGGUUUUGUUUCAUUUCACUGCAAGUCUGAGCAGAAUAUUGUUUAGGGCAGCAGCAUUUUGUUCAUCUAGAGAAGUGAUUGAUUUCUUUUGGUAUGGUCUCAGGUUUUUGCGCCUGAACCUCUAAGCAGCCAACUGACUUACACUGUAAUAUGAAACUGCAUGUAGGUUGAUUUGAGGCUCUUUGCUGCUCCUGUAACAAUUGUGAUAUUUCUAGAAGACUUGAGAGAAAAUUAGCUGGCAUAGUUGCUUUAUCAAAUAUAUAACCUAUGCCUCUAAUUCACUGUUAGAAGAAGUAAAUAACCAUGAACCUGGUUUUCUCCAGCUUGCAAAUCACUUUGUGCUGCAUUCUAAUGUUCUUCUGAUUAUAAUGGUGUAGUUUGUAUUUGUGCUACGGGAGAAAACUGAAAGCUCUCCAUUCUGUGUAUCAAUAAAACAGCCACAGGCUCAAGAGAGGAAAAAAGCAGUAAAUGUUUAAGUAUCUAAUGUUGGUGCAAAAUAUUCAGUGUUGUUAAACUCUGAAGGGUUAGUAGCCAUUGUCAGUGUGUGGUUUCAGUAAGCCUGGGAAGACUAAAGAGUCCAAAGCAUCUUCAUUCAGAAGCGGUUUUCUCUGAUACAAAACCAGCAGAGCAAGGAAAGCAGAAACUUGCUGUGUUUGAAGAGGUGUAAGAAUGUGCCGAAAUACAGCCUGGGAAGAUGGUAACAGAUGAGGAGUAUGUGUUAAUUGUCAGCUUCUGGGUGUACUGGAAGUCUUGGGCUGUGCAAUGCUUUUCAUUGUCACUUCCUGUUUGUCUUGCUUGUCACUGUUUUGUGUUUCAGGCUGUGUCUAGCUCAGGAAACUUAAUUUUAAUGUUAGCCAAAUUCUGGAAACUUGGAACAGUAGCUUUUAGACAAGCUGAGCUCAAAACUUCUAUCCUACCUAAUGGAAUCUUUUCCUACUGAAAUGCUUGGAAAAAAUGUUCUGGACUCCAUGGGGCCCUUACUAAAAGAAAAAAAAAAAUUUGUUGCAUUUCAGUCUGUAAAAGUCACAUAUAUCUUCCCUUCGAUAUAUGACCUUCCCUGUUUCCGAGAAGCUUUAUUUUUGAGUCUAGGCCUGAUGGUUUUAAAACUAGAUUUUAAGAACAUCCUCCACUGAAGUACUCAAUCAAAUAGUUGAGCUUGAUAGUUAAACCCAUAAAGCUUUCAGACUGGCACUUCACUUUUAUAUGACUUUUGCCCUCUUAAGAACAGUCAAUGGUUUCUACAAAAUUUUUUUGUAACUAGGUUUUAGUUAGGUCUUACAGUAAACUUUUUUUAAUGCAGAAUUUGUGCCUUUCCACAUCGGGCAAGAAACAGGCAAAUGAAAAUGACAUGACCAGUAAGGAAAUAGUUAUACCUGGUUCACUUUGAGACAUUUCAUACCUGUCUAUCCAAAUUAGAGAGGAGAAGUGCAGAGCAUAUUAACAAGCAGUGUGGAACCAGACCUAUUGAGUGCACCUGCUGAACCUCUCCAUCACUUCCAAGCUCCAGAAGCUGUUAAAUCUUGAAGGUUCGCCAUUUUGAUCUCUGUGGGGCACCCAUUUACUUUAGCUGCUAGAACAGAUUUUCUGCCUUUUAGCUCUUAGUUUUGUAUUCCACCAGAAUUUGUUUUCAGGCAUCUGGCUCUGGCACUGCAGCAAAGCCCUUAAUAAGCACUUAAAUUCCUUUCCCUGUGAUAAAAACCAUGGUCACUCCUGCUCUUGCCUGUUGGCUGCCUGGCACUUUCCCAAAAGACUAUGGGAUUCCCUUCUAACCUUUCUAUUUUGAAAUAAAGCAGGUUCUAAUGUCCAGAGAUAAAUGUGAACUGUGGCUGUGCACAUGAUGACUGUUAUGUUUCCCAGUAUUAACUUGUUCUGUGUGAUGCCUUAAUUGUUAAAACAUCCUAGCUGAAGUCUGUCUGUUGGUAUCAGUUUGCCUGCUAACCAAACAUAACUCAGUUAUUUUUUUUGUUACUCCCCGCUAGUAUUGAGUGUGUGACAAGCUUAGCUGAGAAUUUGUGGGGUUUAUGGCUGCCUCUGCUUUUCUCAUCUCCAUUUUUCUAAAUCCUGAUACUUUUCAAGCCUUAUUAAAACAUGUUUAAUAAAGGGAAAAAUUACACUGAGUCUAGUCACUGCUUUUUUAGUCACUGUGAUACCAUGGAGAAUUCCAGGUGUUGCUAAAUCCAGAUAAAGACUGUGUGACUUCUUUGGCAUAAUAAUCUGCUUAUGGGAUUUCAUUUUUUUUAUCUCUAGCCAUGUAAGUAUGAUAAUAGUGAAAAUGAUACUUGAAAGUGUGUGUGUGAAUAUAUCAUAUAUAAAGCAAAAAUGACUCAUCUAUUUUUUCAAAGUAGAAAACUGUUUUUUUAUUUCUAAAAGGUUUCUUUGACUUUCUGUAAUGAAUUAUUGAAUUUUGCUUACAAUAGGUAGUUUAGAUAAUCUUUUUUCCUAUGUUGUGCCUAUUAAUGUUAUUAAAGAGUUGGAGCCAACCUCAUAGGUAAGGUUUGGCAUUCUUUGAAGUAAAGCUAGUUUUUGAGCCUUAUAUUCCUCCGUAUGUACAGGGUAGUUUAUCCUAGUGCAUCUCACCCUGAGCCGUACAAAUACACAGAAAAUAUGAUGGGAAAUUGGAAGGUACUACUUUAUUUCUGUAGCUUGAAUGAAAAUAAAGUUUCUGAGGAACUAA